GUAGUUUGUUGCCGAGCAGCAGCCAGUCCUGUUUCUCCCCUCGCUCUGACUCAUCUUGUGCUUUGACUCUCAUCCUCAGUGGAUCCUCUCUCCAGCGCUCUGAUUCUUCAUUCCUCAGCACUGGCUUCGCUACUCCACUCAUCCCUGGGUCUCAUGGCUGCGCAGCAGUAAGAGAGGUCCUCUCAGAGUGUGGUGUAUGUGCGUGUGUGUGUGAGAGUGUGUGCCGAGGGGCUCCAGCAUGGAGGCUGUGGCACUUUAUACCUUCCGGGCCACUGAGGGCGAUGAACUCAGCUUCAACAAGGGAGACAUGCUCAAGAUCACCAACAUGGAGGAUGAUCCCAACUGGUACACAGCUGAGCUCCACAACAGAAAAGGAUUCGUGCCCAAAAACUACAUCAGCCUACGGCCGCACGCGUGGUUUGCCGGUCGGAUAGCACGUGGCGUGGCAGAGAGUCGGCUGCGGCACCGGGAGUGCGGGGCCUUUCUGGUCAGAGAGAGCGAGAGCGCUCCGGGAGAGUUCUCCAUGUCUGUCAGUUAUGGAGACCAUGUCCAGCACUUCAAAGUCCUGCAGGACCGCAGCGCUCAGUACUACGUGUGGGACGAACUCUUCUCCUCGCUGAAUGAGCUGGUGGAGUUCUACCAUAGCAACAGCAUCGCCAAGGAGAGGAACGUCUAUCUAAGGGACCCGGAACACUUUGCCAGGCGACCGAAUCACGCCCACGCCCUCUUUGACUUUGCCCCUCACCAUCCCUCCCAGCUGCGCUUCCUGCGCGGUGAUGUCAUCGAACUGAUCGACUGCUCCGACACGCUGCGCUGGAAGGGCCGCUGCCACGGACACGUGGGCUACUUCCCUCCGGAGUACGUGCAGCCCAUCUUCCACUGCCAGUGAUCUGUCCAUCAGCGUGGACGUUUUGACCCCUGACCCCCGGCGCUGCUCCUCUCUACACAUCUCUGAGGCUGAUGAUCUCAUUUCACUUUUGUCUCACUUGCAUCCUGAAGCUCCAUCUGAAACCUACACUGACAAUGUCCUCGACCUCCUUGUGCACACUGCUGCCGGGGAGCAGUCACGUGCAGCCGCCAGCUGCCAGCAGAGGGAGCAGAACUUUCCUUCGCUGCACACCAGAGAGGACCCACGGAGAGCUGCACAACACCAGAGAGGCAGGCCGUGCGGAGCAAACCCUUGUGUCCUGAGAGAAGACACGUCAGUGAACCAUGUUUUCACUCACAUACGUAUGUUGGAUGAGGGAAAUCCACGUCCAGCUUUUCACAGCUCAAGAACUAAAUUGGUUAUUUGAUUUGAAUUCACAUAUAUAUAUAUAUUAUUGUAUUGUGUGUUGAACUAUUUACAUACACAGUACAAUGUCAAUGACAAAGCUCAGCCUUGUGUGUGUCUAUAUUGAAACACUGAUGUGAUGAACGUUGGCGUGAGUCUUCCGUGGCCAGAGCCGAAUCAUGGAAUAAAAGAGACCCUUUAAAGCACCCAGGUCCAAGCGGCAGUCUUUCCACACACG